AUGCUCGAACGUGGCCAUGGAUACAACAGAAAUACGGGUAUACCCAUAGAUGGUAACGCAUACUACUACAACAACAGCAGCAGCAGCAAUAUCAAUAUCAAUAGCAGCAGCAGCAGUAACAACCACCGUACUUCCUUCAUGGCAACUCCUCCGCUUGCACCGCUAGGCAUGGAGCCUACGGAGAACCCCCACCACUCCCACCACCAUCACAGCAAUAGCACAAGCAAUAGCAAUAGCAGCAGCAGCCAUCACCACAGCAGCAGCAGCAGCAGCAGCAGCAGGCCACAGAAGGGCUUUUUCUCACUCUUCUCACGAUUCGGCGUAAAGAACCGUUCACUUUCCCGGAUAAAUACAAAGUCCAGCGACUUUCCGAGGUUCGAGGCAUCCGGCAACCAUUCGGUCCCCAGCACGCCCAUAACGCCCAUGGCACCGACGACACCCCAUCCGCACGUGAAGCACUCGCUGUCGCUCCCGGUUUUCUCCUCGCGACAUAUUGCGUCCCAGAUUGCAGCCACAAUUGACCAGUCACCGUUGUCUCCAACACAGAGGACAUGGGAGCACAUUCCCUACUGGAUGGCAGCCACACGGGCAAUCCGGUCCGGCUCAUUGGCUGCAACCACACUUUCGAUGGAGACAAUCUUGAGGCGUAACCAGGAGCAGAAGGAGGAGGGUACCAGGAGUAGGCGUGGUCGCAUACUACAGAGGUCUCAUGCUUCGACAAAAUCGGUGGAUCUGGACUGGACGACAAAGAUGUUUAUCCUGGUGGAGGGGUCGCUGCUUCAGUAUGCAGGAGAUGGAUCCGAGGACAGGGAGCCUGAGAAGGUUCUGCAGUUGACGGAGUCGUCUGUAGCUUUUGCGAGUGACCUAAUCCCAGGUAGACCGUGGGUGUUGCAGGUUUACCAGAGUGCCGGGCCCGACGGGAACUUACCGAUGCCCGAAAGGAGAGGCUCGUUCUUGUCGAAAAUGCCGACAUUUUCUCACAAGGCCUCGAAGAAUUCCACAGCUUCGCUUUUGUUGGUAUUUGAUGGUGCAGAGGAGAUGGAUGCCUGGAUGAGUUCGAUAAGAGCUGAGGCUAUCAGGCUGGGUGGUGGGGUUCCGGACCAGGAGAGAGGAGAUACGGAGGAUAUCGAGGAGGAGGCAGAAGAGACUGAUGUCGAGGAUAAUGAGAAUACAUAUAUCCAUGCCAGGAGAUACAUGGAGAAUGAAGGGGAUUCGUCCAGGAACGAAUCAUCAGACGAAACUGCUUCAAAGCGGUUGUCUAACUCGACUUAUUAUCGUCGAUCAUCCACAGAAGCUGGUAGAUCAUUUACGACAGUUGUUUCUGGUGACCAGCUGGUUUUGGAUCAGCUCCGAGGGUCAAGGCUUUCAAUGCAGUCUAUUGCUGAUACGAAAGUAUCAACAAUCUCCCCAGAUACAAGUCCUGAUCGUUCGACUAGCACAAGGAAUAAACGGAAAUCUACAGCCUCUGUGUCUGCAAGGUCCCGUUCGUCCAUGGAAUUGAAACCAUCAUCUCUCCGUCCGUUGUCUGCAAUUGAUCGUGACGGAAACUUGUAUUGGAUUCCACGGACCCCUUCGCCAUCCGCCCCCAAUUUCUCACUGCCCACGGCUCUAUCAACCACCCAUAUCCAGCAGCAGCCUGCAAGAAGGCCCCCCAUGGUAGUUUGCCAGCCCAUUGCUAUACCCCACAAUCCCACCCCACCAUUGUCAAAUCGUCCGAGCUUGUCUGCAUUGUCGAUUGUCGAUUCACUACCGGAUUCACCACCGUAUCCACUUCCACGGCAGCGCCACCGUCAAGCAUCUCAUUCCACCCCCGCAUCACCAAGAGUAGCGUCAGGGCCUUCACGACCCCGUCCCGUAUCGAUGGUUGAUCCACGUUUAGCAACACCAGAGGUGACUAUCACCAAAGCACCCACACUUCCAAUGCUCAUCAAGAAGCAUCACUCGCAAGCCGGCAUUGCAAUCACAACCCGGACAAAGUCUCUGAGGAGGAAAUCGAUGACGGCCAUUGGUCCCGCAGAUGGACCGCCGCUCCACCCACCCCCCUCCAUUCCACUACCACAAUUGCCCCCAGAGCCAUAUGAUGACCUCUAUUCCUCAUCGCUGCCGAGCACAUCCUUCCUGGGCGGGCGCAAACUGCCCGCGUCUCCGUUUGUGCAGGCACCAAAGCCGCCCUCAGCUACGCCUUAUGCGUUCAGGUCGCUGGGGAGCAGGCAUUCAUUCCACGGCGUUCGCAAGGGCGAGCGUUAUGUAUAA